AGGCUUUUUUUUUGUGGUGGUGGGGGGGGGGGGGGUUCUUGGGGCCCAUGUGAGUUUUUCAUUUCCUGUCCGGUUUCGCCGUGCCUUAAUAGCCGCUUCCUUGUGAUAGUCCCCUCUCUCUCUCCCUGCCUCCCUCCUAUCGCUCUUCUUCUUAGUCUCGUUCUUGGGAGUGCGUGUGUGGUUGCGGCAAGAAGAGCUCUUGGCGAUAAAUUUUGAGGCGUUGUGAUGGGUUGCUUCGGGUGCUUUGCACCGGAGGCGGACGAGGGGAGCGAGGACCUGAAGCCUUCCAAGCCCGAUGAUUCAUCAGGCGCCGAUGCAAGGAGAAAGGUGGCGCCGGAUGUGGCGAACGGCUACGCGCACAGUUUCACCUUCAAGGAUCUGCUUGUGGCCACCGGGUACUUCAACGCGGCCAAUUUCAUUGGAGAAGGUGGAUUCGGGAAGGUGUUCAAGGGCAAGAUCAAUGGGCAGAUGGUGGCAGUGAAGCAGCUCGCUCGAGAUGGUGUGCAGGGGAGCCACGAGUUCUUGGUGGAGGUGCUCAUGCUGACAGUGCUCAACCAUCCGAAUCUUGUUAGCUUGGUCGGGUUUUGCGCGCAGGGGGACGAGAGGCUGCUCGUGUACGAGUACAUGCCGCUCGGCAGCUUGGAGGGCCAUUUGUUCGAUGUGCCUCUUGGCAAGCAACCACUCGACUGGAAUACACGUGUGAGGAUAGCUGUCGGAGUAGCAGAAGGGCUUUCGUAUUUGCACAAUGUGGCUGAUCCACCGAUCAUAUAUCGUGAUAUGAAAGCUGCUAACAUUCUGUUGGGUGAGGACUUCAGUCCCAAGCUCUCUGACUUUGGGCUCGCAAAAGUUGGACCAGUUGGUGACAGAACUCAUGUCUCCACAAGAGUUAUGGGUACCUAUGGCUACUGUGCUCCUGACUAUGUUGUGAGUGGUAAGCUUACCAUGAAAUCCGAUAUAUACAGUUUCGGUGUUCUUCUGUUGGAGUUGAUCACUGGCAGGAGGAUUUAUGAUGCUUCAAGACCUAAACCAGAGCAGAGUUUGUUGACAUGGUCAAGGCCAUUUCUGCAUGACAAGAGGAAGUUCCACCAGCUUGCUGAUCCAGCUCUGCGUGGCUGCUACCCACCAUCGGCGCUGAACCAGUUAGUUGUGAUCAGCAUCAUGUGUCUCCAAGAUCAGCCCCAUGUCCGCCCAAUCAUUGCCGAUGUUGUGAUAGGCCUGAACCAUGUCGCAAACCAGCCAUAUGUCCCUGAACGGCCACCAUUGUCGAUGAGCUCCCCUGUGAACUGCAGGUCACCGCAAUAUGUUUACACACCAUCCAGAAGGAGAGGCAGUAGAAGGGCUGCACAGUAUGCAUAGCCUAGACUGCAUGCUUGUCUCAAAGAACAGCAAAUCUCAAGUCUGAUGAGACCGGUAGGUUGUUGAAACUGUCAAAUUCCAUAUAGUCAGAGCCUUUUUUAUUCAAGAACUGGUCUUGAGUGACCUCCUUGACAGAGAGUUCUAUGAGACUUAUGGUAGUUCAAGCUGACUGUUCUUCUUUCUUA